CUGUUACUACCUUUCUUGAACAAGGUUUCAAUUACACCGUUUUAGUGUAUAAUUAUGGAAUGUGGUUGAGUGUUGGUUUCAUUUGCUUGGAUCAUGCAUUAUGCAACUAUAACAAACUUUACCUCUCUCUUUCGUUACGUAAUUUUGUCAAGGGUUUGAUUUUUAUUUAAAUUUCUUUUACUCGCAUCUAUAAAUUGCAGUAGGUUGUUUCUUUCAUUUAUUAGAAAGCUUGUAUUUGUUUGAUGUAGCUCUAAUGCUGGCAUAUAGGCAAGAAAAAGAGCAUUUCUUACGACAGUUUGGAUUGAAUCGAAGAGUCGCUGCAGAUUAAGACAAAAGUACUAAAACGGAGAUCGAAGCGAUGAGUUUCUUGACAUUUAUAACAGGGUCGACGAAAUCAUGGCAGCCCGCAAUGACAGUCGAUACAACAACCGCAUCGUAUUGGCUGAAUUGGAGGGUCUUGUUAUGUUCAAUAUGGAUAUUAAUUUCAUUGGUUUUUGCAUCUCUUCUUAUAUCGAAACACGAAUAUCGAAAAAAAUCGGGAGGAACAGUUAGUACGGACCAACAGCAACUUAAGGAGGAAGAAGAAUUUCCGGGAGUUUUGUACGAAGACGAAGUGUGGAAGCCAUGUAUUCGAAGCAUACACCCUGUUUGGCUGCUCGGAUUUCGAGUUUUCGCGUUCGUCGUUCUUCUGCUAAUGCUUAUUUUGAAUGUUAUCGUUGAUGGUGGGAGCAUCUUUUACUUCUACACUCAGUGGACUUUUACACUGAUCACAAUUUAUUUCGGGCUUGGAUCGCUUCUGUCGAUGAAUGGAUGCUACCGAUAUAGUAGCGGCGGUGAUAACCGUUUAGACACUGAAAGUGGUGGGUCCACAAAAGGCAUGCAACUCAAUCAAGAACGGAAAAAAGCUGGAUUUUUCGCCUAUGCUUUUCAAAUCAUUUUCCAGAUGAAUGCUGGAGCAGUAAUGCUGACGGACACGGUGUUCUGGUUCAUACUCGUUCCGUUUCUUGCCAUUAAAGAUUACAAUUUGAAUUUUUUGAUUAUAAACAUGCACUCGAUCAACGCUGUAUUUCUGCUCGGAGAAACUGCUUUAAACAGUUUGCGGUUCCCUUGGUUCCGGAUCGGGUACUUUUUUCUGUGGACUUCGGCUUAUGUUGUUUUCCAGUGGAUCCUACACGCAUGCGUCUCAAUUUGGUGGCCUUAUCCCUUUCUUGAUUUAUCGUCUUCAUACGCUCCACUAUGGUAUUCAACUGUGGCACUGAUGCACAUACCGUGCUACGGAAUUUUCGUACUGAUAAUGAAGGCGAAGCAUUUUCUGAUGUCGAAAUGGUUUCCUCGGACAUAUAGAGGUGUUCAGUAAUGCUCGCUGAAAUACUUUUCAAGGCAAAAAAAAACGCCCAGGCUUCUCUGCUCGAUUCGACUUUCGUAUAGGAGAAACAAUGAAUGACAAUCUCUGUCGAUGGCCGGAAAAAACUAACAGAUAAUUGUUUCGAUUCUUGCAAUAUUUCUUGAAAUCUCGUUCAUUAGCAUUUCGAGAGGUGUACGUUUGAUAGCAAUACUCUUUUGCCCAUUCUUUAAUUUAAUACCCAUAAUUGUAACUAUACAUAGAAAGAAAAAAAAAAGACUGGAUUUUUUCUGCAGCCAUGGUUGUCUACUUCUCUUUCUUGAAGUCGAAU